UUCCUGAGCUCCGCCCGGACUCCAGGGGGGCUCCUCCUCCUGCUCCUCACCGCGGGGCGGGCGGCGAGUGCGAGGAGGAAUGUCAUUGCUGCUCCCACCGAGGUGCCGCCUCCGUCUGAUCCUGCUCCUUCUCUGGCGCCCUCGUCCCGUCGGCUUUUGCCGCUGCCGCAGCUGAACUGAGGAUACGGAUGGCUAGUGGGGCGCUAGGGCCAUCCGAGUUGAGACAGCAGCGGUCGCGGCCGCUGCUGAGGCGUAGACUCCCCGCCGUCGCCUCCACCCCCUGUUCCACGGCCUCGCGGCGCUGAGGGCGGGAGCGCGCGGGGCUCUUCCCUCCUCCUCUUUUUUCUUCCUCCUCCUCCUCCUCCUCCUCCGGGUCCCCGCCCAGCACCCCUCGCACCAGGCGGCGGCGGCGGCGAACGAGACCCGCCGCCGGGGCACAACAUGGCGGAGCCCUCGGCCCCGGAGAGCAAGCACAAGUCGUCCCUCAACUCGUCCCCGUGGAGCGGCCUCAUGGCCCUGGGGAACAGCCGGCACGGCCACCACGGGCCCGGGGCCCAGUGCGCGCACAAGGCGGCGAGUGGCGUGGCGCCGCCGAAACCGGCCCCUGCGGGGCUGUCCGGGGGUCUGUCGCAGCCGGCCGGCUGGCAGUCGCUGCUCUCCUUCACCAUCCUUUUCCUGGCCUGGCUGGCCGGCUUCAGCUCGCGCCUCUUCGCCGUCAUUCGCUUCGAAAGCAUCAUUCACGAGUUCGACCCGUGGUUUAACUAUAGAUCAACACAUCAUCUUGCGUCUCAUGGGUUCUAUGAAUUUUUAAAUUGGUUUGAUGAAAGAGCAUGGUAUCCACUAGGAAGAAUAGUAGGUGGUACUGUUUACCCAGGGUUGAUGAUAACAGCUGGCCUUAUCCAUUGGAUUUUAAAUACAUUGAACAUAACAGUUCACAUAAGAGAUGUUUGUGUGUUCCUUGCACCAACUUUUAGCGGCCUUACAUCUAUAUCUACUUUCUUGCUUACCAGAGAACUUUGGAACCAAGGAGCAGGACUUCUAGCUGCUUGUUUUAUUGCUAUUGUACCAGGUUACAUUUCUCGGUCAGUAGCUGGAUCCUUUGAUAAUGAAGGCAUUGCAAUUUUUGCACUUCAGUUCACGUACUACUUGUGGGUAAAAUCUGUGAAAACUGGGUCAGUUUUUUGGACAGUGUGCUGCUGCUUAUCGUAUUUCUAUAUGGUCUCUGCUUGGGGUGGUUAUGUGUUUAUUAUCAACCUUAUUCCACUGCAUGUAUUUGUGUUAUUACUGAUGCAGAGAUACAGCAAAAGAGUCUACAUAGCAUAUAGCACUUUCUACAUUGUGGGUUUAAUAUUAUCCAUGCAGAUACCCUUUGUGGGAUUUCAGCCAAUCAGAACAAGUGAACACAUGGCAGCUGCAGGUGUCUUUGCCUUGCUGCAAGCUUAUGCUUUCUUGCAGUAUCUGAGAGACCGAUUAACAAAACAAGAGUUCCAGACCCUUUUCUUUUUGGGUGUAUCAGUAGCUGCAGGUGCUGUGUUCCUUAGUGUCAUCUAUUUGACUUACACAGGUUACAUUGCACCGUGGAGUGGCAGGUUUUACUCCUUGUGGGAUACUGGGUAUGCAAAAAUACACAUUCCAAUUAUUGCAUCAGUGUCUGAGCAUCAACCUACAACUUGGGUGUCUUUCUUCUUUGAUCUACAUAUUCUUGUGUGUACCUUCCCAGCAGGCCUAUGGUUCUGCAUUAAAAAUAUCAACGAUGAAAGAGUAUUUGUUGCUCUGUAUGCAAUCAGCGCCGUCUACUUUGCUGGCGUGAUGGUGAGGCUGAUGUUGACUCUGACCCCGGUCGUCUGCAUGCUGUCUGCAAUCGCCUUCUCCAAUGUUUUUGAGCACUAUUUGGGGGAUGAUAUGAAGAGGGAAAACCCACCUGUGGAGGACAGCAGUGAUGAGGAUGACAAAAGAAACCCAGGAAAUUUGUAUGAUAAGGCAGGUAAAGUGAGGAAACAUGUAACUGAACAGGAAAAAACUGAAGAGGGAUUAGGUCCUAAUAUAAAAAGCAUUGUCACCAUGUUGAUGCUGAUGCUAUUGAUGAUGUUUGCAGUCCACUGUACCUGGGUCACAAGCAAUGCCUACUCCAGUCCAAGUGUGGUCCUGGCCUCUUACAAUCACGACGGCACCAGGAAUAUCUUAGAUGAUUUCAGAGAAGCUUACUUUUGGCUAAGGCAGAAUACAGAUGAACAUGCCCGAGUGAUGUCUUGGUGGGAUUAUGGCUAUCAGAUAGCUGGAAUGGCUAAUAGAACUACUUUGGUGGAUAAUAACACCUGGAAUAACAGCCACAUAGCACUGGUGGGAAAAGCUAUGUCUUCAAAUGAAACAGCAGCCUAUAAAAUCAUGAGAAGUCUUGAUGUAGAUUAUGUUUUGGUUAUUUUUGGAGGGGUUAUUGGCUAUUCUGGUGAUGACAUCAACAAGUUUCUCUGGAUGGUUAGGAUAGCUGAAGGGGAACAUCCAAAAGACAUUCGGGAAAGUGACUAUUUCACCCCACAAGGAGAAUUCCGUGUAGACAAAGCAGGAUCCCCCACUUUGUUGAAUUGCCUUAUGUAUAAAAUGUCAUACUACAGAUUUGGAGAAAUGCAGCUGGAUUUUCGUACACCCCCAGGUUUUGAUCGAACACGUAAUGCUGAGAUUGGAAACAAGGACAUUAAAUUCAAGCAUUUGGAGGAGGCCUUUACAUCAGAACACUGGCUUGUAAGGAUAUAUAAAGUGAAAGCACCUGAUAACAGGGAGACAUUAGACCACAAACCUCGAGUCACCAACAUUAUCCCAAAACAGAAGUAUUUGUCAAAGAAGACUACGAAAAGGAAGCGUGGCUACAUUAAGAAUAAGCUCGUUUUUAAGAAAGGCAAGAAAAUAUCUAAGAAGACUGUUUAAAUAUACUGUUCUGGUUCCUAACUUGAAGCAGUUGUCUUUGUGAGAACCAGUCUUUGCCUUUAGCUCAUGUCAUGUUUCACAGCAACAGAGGGUACAGAACCAUCACUGGUCCAGGUUAAUGUACAAAAUUUUCUGGCAAUGCCUGAUUUAAAAAAUAAAAUUGGCUUAUUGA